AUGCGUUGGACACAGAUUCUUAGUAUUGUGGGAGCCGGUUCACUGGCUGGGAUUGCUUCUGCAGCCCCGGUGGGCGACCGCAACCUCGAAGUCGCUGAGCGCGACGAUAGUCUGAGCUCCCGGUCUACCAGUGCAACGGUGACUGUUAGCGGGCUGGCAGUUACCUCCAUCAACAACAAGGAUGGCAAAGGAGCUGGCAAGGACUCUUACACCAUGUAUACCGGGGACGGCUCGACCAGCGCCGGCUGGCCCGCCAAGUCUGACUGGGUCUCUUUCGAGAACAUGCAAGCCAAUCCCCCCAAUUCCUUGCCGGCAAAGUCCCCGUGGAGUGCCAACAAGGCCACCAUCGGCAAGUCCUGUGCCCAGUUCGGAGUGGCCGACAACUCCGCGACUGAGACCCAGGAGUUGUACGAUGCGAUCCAGGAGGUGGCGACCAGCUCGAAAGUUGACCACCGCUUCAUCCUGGCGGUGGUGAUGCAGGAGUCCAAGGGUUGCGUGCGGGCCCCGACCUCGACGUACAGUGUCAGCAACCCCGGCCUGAUGCAAAGCUACAAGGGCACUGGGACCUGCAACAACGGGGGCAGCGUGAAGAACCCUUGCCCCAAAACGGAGAUCGUGCAGAUGAUCAAGGAUGGAGCUAUUGGAACCAGAGACGCUGAUGGAUACGGUCUCGCCUCGCUGCUCGACAAGUCUGCCCGGAACAAUGCCGCGGGCUUCUAUCGUGCGGCCAGAAUGUACAACUCGGGUGCCUGGUCUAUCCCGUCCUCUGGUAAUCUGAGUGGAGCCGGGGCGACGGCUUGUUACGCUUCUGAUAUUGCUAACCGGUUGACUGGAUGGGUGAGCGCUGCCACCAAGUGCACUGCCUGA